AUGGACAUAGCUCUCUUCUCGCCGUCUUCCCUCUUCGCCGCCGACGAUGAUUCCUCCGAUGGAGAAACGACGGAGACGACCCAGAGCUUCGUUGAGAGGAAUCACCAGUUUCCUGGAUUUGAAUUACAUAUCCGGGAAUUUGGUUUCCACCAGCUGAAUGCAAACUUGCUCUGGCCAGGUACGUUCGCCUUUGCAGAUUGGUUAGUGCAGCAUCGACACUUGAUCGAAAGGAGGCGUUGUCUCGAGAUAGGAAGUGGCACGGGUGCUCUAGCUAUAUUUCUUAAGAAAGAGUUUAAUCUGGACAUAACUACUUCGGACUACGAUGAUCAGGAGAUUGAAGACAAUAUUGCUCACAACUGUAUUGCAAACAAGAUUACCCCUUCUUUGCCGCAUGUCAAGCAUACAUGGGGAGAUGAAUUUCUAAUCUCAGAACCAGAUUGGGAUUUGAUCAUAGCCAGUGAUAUCCUUCUAUAUGUGAAACAGUAUCCGAACUUGAUCAAGUCUCUUGCUUUUCUUCUCAAAACCUACAAAUCAAAAGACACCAAUGUCGUUAGUCCACUAGAAUACACGGAACUGCCUCGGCCGGUGUUCUUAAUGAGUUGGAGACGAAGAAUCGGGAAAGAAGAUGAGUCUUUAUUCUUUACUGGUUGCGAAGAAGCUGGCCUCGAGGUGAAGCAUCUCGGAAACCGAGUUUAUUGCAUCAAACUUAGAGAAACAAACCGCUAG